AUGUCUCGACUUCCACCUGCUGAGAAACUGCCCCUUGCUGUCCGCAAGAACAUCCGAGACAGCUGGGAGAACACCAAGGAGGACCACGAAAAGAAGCUCUCAGAGAUUCUUGGUCAGCCAUGGACUAUCAACAUUGAUCCCAAAGCCCUCUAUCCUUAUGCCGAAGAAGGUUCUUGGGGCCACACCUCAAUGGGUGAUCUCAUUGUCAAUUACGUUGAGGGCGUUGAAGAUCAGUUGAAGUACUUCAUUGAACGAAAUGGAGAUGGGACUAGGGAUGAAAUCAACGAGAUCUGCUCCGGUCAUGUCCUGACCAUGGACUUCGAUGAGAAGAACACUGUCUCUUACUGUGGAACCAAGGUUGGUUCCGAGGGUGAACUUAUCAUCCUCUUCACCCAGGGCAACUUGGGUACCAACACCAACCAUGCUGCUGAAAGCAACAACAUCACCAAGGCCCUGAAUGAGGCUCCUUCAACUGUUCGGCCCAUGAGCUUUGUUGCCAGGGCCUCUAUCAGGAGCGACUAUGAUCCCAACGUUCAGCAGAUUCAAGAGCAGCUGAACAAGAUUCUCGGUCAAGAGAUCACCAUCGUCCCUAACUUUGAGGCCAAUUUUGAAAAGCUCAAGGGCAAGGCUAGUGCGGAUAGCGGUUGGGAGGAAAACUUUGGAAGAUCUCAUUUCUCCUAUCUUGAAGGCUUUGUCUCGCAGCUUGAGUAUGACAAGUUCGGUGAGGAUGAUAUGCUUCAGGAGGGACUCCUCGAGGCCAUGGACAAGCAUGCUGUUCAUGUUCGGGUUGUAGACAAGACCAAGAAGUCCUACAAUGAGACUGUCAUUGAGGACGGUAUUCUGUACCUUCAGACUACCCCUUCAGAUUUUGGUGUUAAUGUUCAUCAAAUUUCAAGUGAUCUUGUCAAUAUCUUGUAG